AUGGAUCAGGCAUGGCUGGAAAUAAUUGAUAGAUUGUGUAUAGAAGAUGCGGUUAGAAUAAGAAGGACUAGUUCAAAGAUGAAUUCCCUGGUCAGUAAAUCUUUGAAAUCCAAGAAAAAUUUGGAUAUCGAGUUAGACUGUCCAGCAGUUAUUCAGAAUCCAACAGCAAUGGCUUCAGUUAUUGCUCAAUGUUCUUAUAAUCUUCAAACUUUGGAUCUUAAAAUUCGUCCUGCAAACUCGAAAUAUGCAGUUGUCUCCAGUGACGUCGAAAUCAGACAAAGAAUCAUGCAAGCUAUAAACGAAAAUGCUAAAAAACUGAAGAGAUUUUCCAUUGACAGAUGUCGUAUUUCGGCUGGAGCAAUUGGAAGCUUCGGUGAUUUACCAGAGAGUAUUGAGGAAAUUAGCAUAACAAAUUCAAUGAUUGAAUGCACCGAGUGGGAUGUUGCCACAAUAAUAAGGAAAUCAUUUGAGACACUUUUCAAGAAAUGCACCAAAUUGAAAUAUUUCGAAAUCUCGGGACGAAGUCUGAAUGCUAGUCACUUCCACGUGGAUCCUUCGAUCCUUCAAUACAUUUCAAAUACCAUUGAACACUUGGCAAUUGCAGUUGGGAAUUCCCUGCGAAUUGACAAUUUGACUUUUUUGAAGAACAAAAAACUGAAAACUUUGAUUCUUCAAAGAUCCUUCAUUUCUCCCUGUGAUCUAGAACGCAUCGUUGCAAUGUCAGACUCUAUCACCCAUUUGGAUCUUUCCUAUUCACCCAAUUUAUUGGAUUGUCGAAAAAUUUCAAAGCUGAAAAAUCUGAAGCACUUAUCAUUGAUAAAUAAUCGAGAUGGAUUUCGAGACGAUGCACUAUCUCUGAUAAUUCAAGAAUGUCCGAAAAUCGAAGAAUUGUUACUGGAUAAUUGUGAAUCUCUCACAAUUAAAUCCAUGUUAUUUUUGGGAGGUUUGAGAAAUUUGAAAAAAUUAUCAUUGAGUGGAGUUGUCAAUGUGAAUGAUGCAGUUUGUCAACAAAUUACAAUGUGCUCUAAACUCCAGUUUUUGGAUAUCAACUAUUGUUUGAAGAUUGAAAUCCACGGCAUCCAAUGCCUUCUGUCAUGUCUUACUUCUCUUGUCCACCUCGAAGUUCUUGGAAUCCGUGCAUAUUCUCAUCAACUUCUCACACAAUUGGCAUAUUAUCCCAAAUCGAUUGUAUCAGAUUCAGUUCAAUCAUUUAGUUUCGUAAUUCCCCCGAUUCCUGUUCCUUCAGUUAAAUCCUAA